AUGGCCGACAACCAAAAAUUCGAACCUCCUUCGGGCCCUCCUCCCGGCUUAGCACUACAAGCGCCCCCCCAAGUCCACCACGAUGCCGGCCCUUACUACCCGCCCGACGCCGCGAUCGACAACACACGUGGCCCUCAAAAAUACCCGCCAGCACAAGAUCCCUCUGGAGGCUACCUACCGCCCCAAGGCUGGAACCAAGGUCCACCAGGUGGUCCAUGGCAGGGCCCGCCAGGUCAACAACCGCCCUAUGGCUAUUAUGGUCCGCCAGGGCCGCAGCAGGGCAUGUAUUACCAACAGGGACCGCCGGUAGUGCGUUCAGGCGGAUUUGGCCGGGAUGUGUCGGCGUUGAAGAGACCUCCACAGGCGACGAACGGCUUUCUUCUGGAACCACAGGAUGGCUUCAUGGUAAGAGAUGUUCCUGGAUUUGUGUGCCAACACGGGGAAAAGCAUAUUGAUUUCCAACCUGUUUCUUGCAAGAACGUCGAACAUGGCAUCGUCUUCAUGCUUUCUACGUCCCGCUCGAAUGGAGGCCAGUGA